ACCACCAGGGGGCACCAGUCCCACAGCGGGACACCCAGCUGUGAGUUUACCUUCACCCUGAACCCUCCCACCCCAGUCAAGCUGUCCCACUCUGCCUCCUCUCCCUCUUCUUCUUCUCCUCCUGCUCCUCUUUCUCCUCCCUCCUGGCCCCCACAGGCCCACCUGGACUCCCAGUCAGCCUUCUCCCUCCAUGAGGGGCGGGGGGAGGUACCUGGGGUCCUGGAUGUGGACCCCCAGGCUAUUCAUCUUGACGUGGGACAGCGACCCUGCCAAGAUGUGUCAACUUUAACAGACCUUUGUUCUAACCUGCCAGAGUUGGAGAUAGUGAGCCUCCUAUCAGAGGGUCGGCCCAACUACACUCUUCGAGCGGACAGCGUGUUUGGAUACGACAAUGACGACUGGCUGCACACCCCUCUGCUGCCCCCAACAGUCGCUCUGGGACUCACAUACGAGCAGAUUGAAGAGACGCUCAAGUACUUCUUGCUGUGCUCAGACAGAGUGGGCCAGGUCACCAAGACGUAUCAUGACAUCAAGGCAGUCACCCACCUGCUAGAGGAGAAAGAGCGGGAUCUCGAGUUAGCAGCGCGGAUCGGUCAGUCCCUCCUGAAGCAGAACCAAGAAAUAACCGCACGCAAUGAAAUGCUGGACGAACAGCUUGAAAUUGCAAAGGAAGAGAUUGCUCAGCUUCGCCAUGAGCUGUCGAUGCGAGACGACCUCCUUCAGUUCUAUGCGAGCACCGAGGAGAUCGAGAACGCUGAAUCACACUCGCCAAUAAAAAGGAACGCAUCGUGCAGCUCUCUCAGCAACUUUGUCCACUAUGACUUCCUGCAGCAGAAACUGAAGGGUUUGGAGGACGAGAACCGCAAACUGCGAUUAGAGGCCAAUGAGCUCACAACAGAAACCACCAACUAUGAGGAGCAAGAACAGGAGCUGAUGAUGGUGUGUGUGGAGGAACUCUCAUCUGUCAAUAAGCAGGUAGUCGACCUGUCAGAGGAGCUUGCACGGAAAGUCGAGGACUGUCUGCGACAACAGGAGGAGAUCAGCUCACUGCUGGCUCAGAUUGUUGACCUGCAGGCCCGUUGCAAAGUGCUGACCCAUGAGAAUGAGGAGCUGAACCAACACCUGAGUGCCUCACGUGAAAGCCAGUUAAAUCUUCGAUCAGAGCUCAAAGACCUGCGGGACAAGUACUCGCAGUGUGAGGACAUGCUCCGCGAGGCCCGAGAGGACAUUAAGAACCUGCGGAAUAAGAGCCUACCCAACAGCACGGUGCAGCGUUACACUGCACUUGCCUCUGUCCUCCCCAUGGAUUCAUUGGCAGCUGAGAUAGAGGGCACUUUCCGCAAAGGCCUGGACACCCCGGCACCCUCAGAGUACAAGAACCAUCCGUGGCGUGUGUUUGAAACAGUGAAGGUGGUGAACAAAACUGUGAGGCUGCGUUCUCGGUGCCACUCCCCAGGGCUGCCAGGCUCCAGCCCGCCGUCCACUCGCUCCAGUUGCACCAGCACCCCUCGAACCAGCUACUAUGGGUCUGACAAUGCCAGCCUUACACUAGAGGAUAAGCCCAGCUCCAGUAAUUCUCACAAAGAGGACAACAGUGUUAGUGGACCUAAGCGUCUGGGCCAGCCAGGCACACCAGGAGGCCAGGACCUCGAAGCCGCCUUGCGCAGCCUGUCAGCCCGCCAGCAGAACCAUUCCUCUGAGCGGCCUUUCUUUGAUGUGGAGCGUGAGCGUAAACUCAAUGCCUUGGCAGCAAACUGCGAGGAGGGCGAGGGCUCCAGUGGCUUUCUGACACCAAAUGACAGCCUGGUCUCGAGUCCAGCAGCAUCGACGGGCACCAACUACUCCAACGGCAGCUCACGGCACUCCUGUGGCUCCUCAGGAGGAUCCAGGUCCUACCUGCCCGACCGCCUGCAGAUCGUCAAACCUCUGGAAGGCUCAGUGACUCUACACCAGUGGCAGCAGUUGGCCAAACCAAACCUGGGAGGCAUCCUUCAUCCACGUCCAGGCGUCCUGACGAAAGACUUCAGGGAGCUUGAGGUCGACAUACAGCACGUCUACAGUCUGAACGACCUGGAGGAGGAUGAACCAGACCUGUCGCAGCUCUCUGGAGCACAUGGCAUGGUCUCUCCAUCUGGUCCCAACCUCCCUCAGACCUCUCCCACUCAUACCAUUACCACCUGUCAAGUCCUCCAACCCUCCCUUCUCAUCCCCUCCUUCUCCACUAGCCUUCACUCUUUCGGCCUGCCAUCUUGUGGGAACUGUGAGCUCGUGAGCACUUCGUCGCCAUCCCACCAGCAACACUUUGGCCUGCAAGGCCGGACCACCACCAACACCACCACAAACGUAUCCACUUCAUCACCGGGACUCCUGCAGCUGCUGCAAGAACGUGGCAUCUCAGCCUCACCUUAUCCUCACAACUACCUGCACCACAGCCAUAGCACAAAACCUUCACCCUCCACAGCAAAAGACAAAGGCGGAGGCUCACCGUCGGACAAAGAGGGGAGAAGGAACAUUUUUAGUUUGAACUUGGUGGAGAAGCUUCAAGGUCUGGGCCUACACCGAGUGGCAGCCUGGGGGAUGACGGACCGCAGUGGGAAAGAGAAGCAGUCAGUUGUCCUCUAAAAGUUUGAUGAAGACUGUUCAUCGCUUCCUCCUGUCUUAUUCACCGUAGUGACUUUGUACCCAGCCAUGUGAUCCCCACAGGGCUGUUCAGGGCCCGCAGCUCUGGUGUCUUGAAAACAAAAGCCACAGAAUGUGCUAGAGCCAUACUUUAAGUUGUCGGUAGUGUAUAGUAAUAUUCUUUUCAAUGAAUGUAUGUACAUCUUCAUCUCAGGGAAAUCACCUGAUUACCUGAUCACUAGUCUGUUUGACUGCAACCUGCAGAGAUAGCUUCUUUUUACACAAAAAAAAGAAACAUCCGCAAAGAUAAAAAAUUUCUACAGUGUUUCGUGAUUGUCAUUUUACACAUUUUUUUCCAGCCACUGGUUUUAAAAAAACCUCAUCACUUAUUUUUUUGUGUGUGUGGUUGUUUCCAAAGUGGAACAUCAUUUAUGUGUAUAUAACAAAGUUGUCAUUUGGGAAAGAAAAAAAGACUGUGCAGUAAAUUAUUGUUAGUUGAAACGGCAAACCAAACCAAUGCUGUCUGGGGCUGGGUAUCGUUUUAAAAAUGAACAUACCAGUAUCAAUACCAGUUUCCUUUAAGUGAUACUGAUACCAGCCGAGUACUUUAUGUGAUACCUUUUAUUUCUACUUCUGUCGAUACUCAUGUGAACGGAAGUAUUCAGUUGCUUAAAAUGCAACAGACGUGUAUAACCAUACUUUUGACCAUUGGUGCCACCAUGGCACAUUAAAGCAGCUCAACUUCACCACAGCUGUAUGAGUUGUAGCUGCUGUGGUAGUGGGACAGUCACACGUCCCAUUAAAUUGGCUGUAAGCAAAAAUUGUCAUUUUUUCUAGAUCCUGAUACAAAAAGGAUCAAAUACAGGUAUCAUUUGACUGGGGAAGUUUCAAUACUACUUGGUACUGGGUUAUUAUUUUUUUUUUUUUUUUAAAUUUUUUCAUUAGUUAAAGGUAUGGAGUACUGAUACCCAGCCCUAAUGCUGUCACACUGAAGAACUUUCAAAUGCACUAGAACACACUCUAGUCUUCCUGCUUAUUAGCUGCUACACUGAGGAAAGCAUGUUGUAUAUAAGAUUGUCAGAUGUACUGAAUUAAACACUUGAGAAAUUGAUCAAGAGGCAUUUUGACGCACUGACCGAACUGGGAAAUGUUUAUGAAUCACGUAGCACGUGUUGUUAUGGCUGCAUACAGUAAAGUGUCACCUGCGACCUUGUGAGCUUUAUCCUGAGCCAGACCUCACCAAAAAUAAAUCAGGUUUAUCACGCAUCAUCAAAGAAGAAGCAAUAUGUAUAUUUACUUAACUGUGUUGACCGAAACUCUUGCUUGUACAAAUCUGCUGCAUUUCACGUCAUCAGAAAUUUUGAAAUUUGCUGGGAUGUAAAUGAAAUCAACAUAAUUUUGGGCAUUCGGAGUGAAUCGGCCGUGAUGUUAAGGGGAACCCUUAUUUAAAGUAGAGUGGUCCUGAUUAUUUAAACGGCAUCUUUCUUUGAUCUUUCUGAACAAUCAGCUGUAGCAAAAAGGCAUAGGAUACUGUGGAUUAAAAAGGGAAAAAAAUCAUAAACACAGGUUCUGAUGAUUUGUGUUCUGACUUGAAUCAACCAAACCACUGUUUCUCUGCACUACUGUUUGCUCUGUUCUGUGUUAGCGUCACAGCUGUACAUGUCAGUGUGUGUAUAAACUAUACCACCUGUGAAUAAACCUUUGCAUUUCCAUCCAG